AGCGAAAAUGAAUCACCUCCACUUGUUCUUUGCAGCUUGUGGGUUUCCAGAGAUAUACCACUUGGGGGCAGCAUUUGCUCUUUCCAGGCAUGGCAAGAAAUUACAGCUGGAUGUUGUGAAGGCCUUUGCAGGAGCUUCUUCAGGAUCUGCAACUGCUACUGUUCUUUUAACGGUGCCAGAAAAUAUAGAGGAGUGUGCCAAAAAUACCUAUGAAUUUGCAGAUCCUAGAAAACUAUACUUUAAACACCAAGCUAUGACAAAACUUAGGGGCUGCAUUGAUUCAAUUCUUCCUCCUAAUGCUCAUGAGAUAGCAGAAAAUCGGCUCUUUGUAUCAGUCACUAGUGCUAAAAAUGGGAAAAAUCAUUUGCUUUCGGAUUUUGCCUCCAGGGAGGAUCUUGUUAAGAUUUCACCUGCUCAUCCAUCCUCAAAUCACAAAUCACAUCUUGCCCCCAUUGACAUUACUUUAAUAAGUGUAGAACUGGUGCUUUCUACCAGUGCCAUAGUGAAAACUAGCACAGACAAAAGAAAUGGUCUUUUUCUUGGUUUGGCCUUAGAGAACUUCUCAAGACUCUACGAGGCUCUUUUCCCACCAAGCCAGGAGAAGAUGGAAUCGCUAUACCAGGCAGGAUAUGAUGAUGCCAUACAUUUUUUACUGAAGGAAAAUUGGUUUGAAUAGAUUAUGUGUGUCGGAAAUUAAUGAAGUCUGAUGGCUGUCAGAGCAAAGCU